UUUAUUCCUUCAAUAUCUGAGAGAAAUGCCGCCAUCUUGUGGACAACAGAGAUAUGGCAAAAAUACGAGAGCUUCCAGACUAAACCAUUUACUCGACUAGCAGGAAGACAAUUAGUGUGUAAAUAGAUUUUUAGGUAAAAUCCUAAUAUAUUUUAAGAACAUAAAAAUGUAUGAAAUAGUUGAAGAAAUAAUUGUGUGAGUGUUUUUGUAAUGUCUGUUUCGUCCCCCGUCCUCUGAGUGAAAGUGGUCCGGUCCAGUAGUGAAGGCGAAGCUGAAAAAAAAAAAAAAAAAAAGAACGGUUUGUUUUCAAGGAGAAAAGACGCGUCGCUCACAUUCACCCGCCGCUGCUGCGUCGUUUAAAAAGAAACGGUUUGGACAUUUCUAGCUGCUCGGUGUUCUCCCAGCUCGCCAUGGCUCUGUGCGGGGGUGUCGGAGCCAUGGCUUUACCCAGCGAGCUCAUCGUCCACAUCUUCUCCUUUUUGUCCGACCGAGACAAGCUCCGGGCCUCGGCCGUGUGUUCCCGCUGGAGGGAGUGCCUGUUCUACCCGGCGCUGUGGACCGAGCUCAAACUGCGGAUAGGUGGCGGUGACACCGGUGGCUGUAACGGCUCCAGCUCCGGCUCCGGUUCCGAUGAGACGCCGAAGCUGGAGUUCCUCAUGCGGAAGUUUGGCUCCUUCGUGCGGGAGCUGCAGCUAGAGCUGGCACCGGUGGAAGGAAACCUCAGCCCGCUGAGCAACGACCCGUCGGCCGGUAGGAUGGAGCAGCUUCCCGGCGGUCAGGAGGGAGACCCGCAGCAGCUGUCGGAGCGAUGGAGGGACGCCAUGGCCACCUACUUGGACCAGGUGUUGUGUGUGUUCACCGCCAUCCGAAACAAUAGAAACCUGCAGAAGCUGAGCCUGUAUGGAGACACCUUUAUCCUGCAGCAGGAGGGACUGUUGGACAGCUCCAACCUGCAUCAGAUCCACCAGGGGGACAAGAAGAUCAACGAAAUCCAGCAGUUAUUCAUGGAGCUGCUGUCAAACAGCCGGCAGCUCCGGUGGUUGUCCUGUAGCUUCAUGCUGGGCCUGGUGACUCCCUGCUCCUUAGCCUGCCUGUCGAAUCCUUCAGCUGAGACGCUGCAGCACCUCAGCUUACUCGACCACCAGCUCGGCCCCCUCAUCUCACCAUCAGAGCUGGAUCGACUUUCCAACCUUCAUUCUCUGGCUCUGGAUUUUUCUGACUUUACACCCGAGCUCUGUGGUUUGCUGGCAUCUCCACGACGAGCUCCACUCCAUCGCCUCUCCCUGCUGCUCAAUGGCGCCGCCCUGGAGUUCAAACCAUUAGAAGGCACAGCCAAAGAGGACGACUGGAAGGCGCUGGUCCGCGUUAGCGCCAACUUGCGAGUGUACAUCAUGGCUCUGGAGGUGGACAGCUCAGAGCUCCUCAGGGUCCUAAAGCCGAGCCUUCCUCUAGAGCGCCUCCACCUGGACAGUUACAGCACGCUGGCGACCGACGCCACCCUGGAGCUCAUCUCCCAGCAGUACAACAAAACCCUCACUCACUUCCUGCUCCUGAGGGACGGCCCCGGCUUCCCCGACCUCAGCGUCAACCGCAACGAAGACCCACUGGUCCUGCUGGCGUGGAGGUGUACCCAGCUGGCUGUACUGGUGAUACAUGGUUACACUGUGUGGUCCCACAACCUGGUGGCCAUCUCCCGACUCCGCGGCUCGAGUCUCCGCAUCCUCACCGUCUCAGAGGAGAGCAUCUACUUCGACCCAGACCAGUCCCGGUACGUGGAGGGAGACCCCGUCCACUGCCUGGUGAAGGAUGUGUCGCUUGGCCUCGGCCGUGUCUGGCACCCCUGCCUGGACUCCAGCGUUGUUCUAUCUGAACCCACCCAACACUUCCACUGCGAGCUGCACGCCUUCAGCACGGGCAUGUAGGCGGUGUGUGUGUGGGGGGGGGUUGACGCUGGCGCAGACCAGACCAGGUGGAGGGACGGCAGACCUGAGUAAAACCAUGCAGAGCUCACAUUUACCGGAUUUUUAUUUUAGUUUUUAUUUUUGAUCAUCAAGUUUGACUCACUCUUUUUUUAAAUUUGGAACAAAUUCCUGCAUAAAACCAGAUUUUUAACAAGUCUGCUAUAAUGACCUGGCCCAGUCUGGUCUGAUCUUGGCCACAGUUGGAUCAGCACUCCAUCCAUCACUUUAAGAACCUGUGUGAUGUAACUCUGAUUCCAGUUUUUCUUUGCCUUUUCUCCUCUGUGUGUGAUCUGUUCAUUUCCUUCGUGGUGGCUGUCCUUCAUGUGUGUUUAAACGCAGAUUCAUUGUAAUCCUGCUCAUAGACGGAACCAGAACCAGCAGGUUGAGUGAUGGAGCGAUGGCUGUUGCACAGUUGCUUUUCGUUUCAGGAUCCUUCGGCAGCAGGGUGGGAGGUUUGUUUUGUAUUAAGGAUGAUCUGAUUGGUUGUUAUUGUGUUAUUUUGGCAUUUUAAGGUAAAAAAGUCAUUUAUUAGGGGAUCUGAGCUGCUGAUGGUGUUAUGGAGAGGUUUGUUACACUUCCCACUCUGCUCACUUCCUAGUGAGCCUCCAACUGAUAUCAGAGCCAAAUGUAUCUGGUUUCGACUGAUUCGAAAUCUUUGGUGUUCUUAAAACACUUCUCUUGUUCUGCUUCCUUAUUUUAAGCUUGAUAACCUGCUGACCUGGAGGCAUCAGAAGAUCCCUAAGAACUAAAAGCUCUUGCAUUGUUCUGCAGUUUGAUUUGUUUCAUUGACGGCAUGUAAAACAGUUCGGACCUGCUUCCAGCCUCACCUAGAGGCCGUGCCGAAGCUGCAGGGAAGGAAAAAGUGAAAUGCUGAAUAUAAAAAUGAGUUUUAGCUUCAUGCAUGACAACCGAGAUUCCUUCCUUUAUUUUUUUAUUUAACCUACAGCACAAUAAGGGUUCAGGUUGUGUCACCUCAGGUAGGCUUUUAGCAUCACUCUGACCAAGAUGUUGAGUGGGAUGUGCAAAACAAUCAGUUUCUUUGCCUUGGAAACAGCUCCACUUUCUCCAGUUUGAAUUGUUCUAGAUGAUGUUGUGUCUAUUUGGACCCUCUGACCCGCCGCGCUUUGAGGGUGAGCGAACCUAAUCAUACAUUUGUUUUCAACGAUUAAGGUUGACGAAAGCUAAAGAAGGAUGAGACUCAGGUGCUCUUUGAACUUCGUCUGUUUGUCUGUGCUCUCCACGAUGGGAUGAGUUUGGAUCUUCUAUUACAAAGUGUGCUAAGAGGCGAUUUAGGGUACCAGACAACAGCAUCAGCUCAGACUACAGAGAUCCGCAUUAAGGUCUGGAGUCUCUGAAUUAUGUUUUCUUCCCUUCCAGCACUUUUCUGCUGCAGAAAAAAAAACGGUCCCAGCAACCGGGCCUUGAUGACCAUGUUUAAAAGAACCUCGAGAAUCUGCACCAUCCUCAGUUUGUAUCUGAAGAGAGACCGCUCUCUGGUACAGAGAAUUUCUGUUUCAGACUGAAUGAAGCGAUGCACAUCCUGAAAACACCCAGAGAGAGCUCAGUUUGGUCUUUUUCUGCAGCUCUGUAAGCUGUUGGAAAGUUUGGCUUGUGCUCUGAUAUCUGCUGGUUAAAAACAGGUCAGAUAUCAGCAUUUUCUCCUGUUUUUAGUUGAAUGUAAUCUCUGGUUUGUAAAAAGCAGAUUUUUACAGACUUUACUUUCACUUCCUGCUGUGCUUACAGUCCCGUCUCCUCAGACAGGAAAGAUUUAGUAGAAGUUGUUUCUGUUGUCAUUAACCGUGAAGGUAAGACAGCGCCAGUAUUUAAAUAAAGCCACGCUCUGCGUCCCUCGACCAGUUGGGGGACAAACACGGUGGAUCACAGAGUAUUUUCAAAGCUUGACUGAGGAAAAUGACUGGAGUUCGUGGUUCCUCUGCGUGUUGAGCCAUUGGGUAGGUUCUGGAGUCUCCCUUCGUCCAGAGCUUGGUUCUCUGGUUUUGGAUUAGAUGUUAGUUGUUGCAGUUUUUUUGCUUUUAGGGAAGCAGUGUUACAAACUGAUGCAGCUGUUCUGCACUGCUGUGUGCCUGUAGUGUUUGUUUUUAAUGGUUUUCUGUAGAAUGUUCUCAUGCAUCCAGUAGAAGUGUGUGUUUUUUAUUUGAUGCCUGUCUGAGAGAAGAUCUGUGUGUGUAUUUGAUGAAGGCAGAGAGACUGUAACUUGUGAAACGGGGACAGGAAUGGUUUGCUCUCAGGGUGCAGAAGAGAAACUGAAACUAUCUCAGGCCUCCUGCUCGUUUGUGUGAAUUAUUACGGAGCCACCGGAUCCAGUUCUACUCUACUGGGGUUUUUUUUGUUUUUCUUUGAAGGUGCCAAAGACCACAGUGGAACAAAAUUCUGAAGUGCCCAUCCACACACACACAGAGCCAGUAUUGCUUCCUUGUGGUGUUUUCCUCAUUGUCCUCCACCCUGGAAGGUGUCGGCAGUCUUGUUCUUGUUCUUAGAGGGGAAAACAAACCAAAGCAGAGCUUGUAAGUAAAGAUGUUGCCAGAACUUUAGCAUGGCUCAGUUGUUACCUCUGAUUGGUACUCAGGGUCUGUGAUAUGUGUCACCAAGUGAUGGGAGAUCUCGCAGAUGUUCUGACCGCUCACAGUUGUCUUCUCUCUGAUGAUUGCCCGUUUCUCUGUGAGGAGCGAGGGAAUGUGAAGCAUGAGGAGGGCCGAGAGAGCUUACUUCCAAAUCAGAGCACGGCGAGGACUCUACACAUCUUUGGAUGCUUCCAGAGGUUACUCUGUCACUGAUGGCAGCUCCGUGACCUUGAGAAAAGGCUGGCUCACCAAGUGAUCCGCAUCCUGCCUUUUUCUAGGUCUUUGAAGCUGUAAACCUAUUUUUGCUGCUAGGAAGAGAACAUUCCACAUGGAGGAGGGGUUUGCUCUGCCAUCUGACUUGCAAAGCUUCUUAUGUUAACACAGCUCUAGUGUGCAUAGAAAGUAAUAUCUAUAAACAUAUGUUCUAUAUAUUGUUUUUACCCAGAGUUGUGUGUUUGUGCGGAGGUUGGGAUUUGCAGCAGAGUGAAGGUGUGGCGCUGUUCAGAGAUGAUGCUGUAGAGGGUCACCGGACGUUUCCGCAACACAAACCUUUUACUCCAUUAAAUCAGCUGGUUUUACAUCUUGAACCAGACAGGUUAGAGUCAUGGGUUGAAUUUUUAAUGUUAAACUGUGAUCUACUCUGUAAGCAGCUACAUUUACAGAAAUGACUCCAGGAGUUAUUUAGGCGAUUAUAACCAGCAGUUACUGGUCAGUCUGCUCUCUGCACAUAGUUGUUCUUCCUGGUCCCUUUCAUGGUGUUAUCCUGGCAGAUAUCAUGUGGGACGUGAUGUGGUCCAAUGAGGAACUGAAUCCACAGAGCUGGUCUUUACUUCUCUCCAUCUAAGACCGUUGGUCGGCCUGUUGCAAAGCUGGAAACAUGCAGAGACCCGCGUGUCUGUCUGUCUGUCUGUUAGACCAAUACUGAACUCUGUGAGGUUAUCUUAGUACCAAAGUAGCAGACUGCGUCAGAUCAGCAGGCAACCAUCAGCAACUUGAUGAGAACUCAAGGUUUUUAAUCCUGACACAAAGUUUAUCAUCUCUCCAUCGAAUAGUUCUUUUCUUUUAAUGCUAAAAUCUGCGUCGCAGGUCUGAAUGAGCGUGCAGAGAGCUGGACUCAUGCAGGAAUGUAAAUCUGAUUAUCGCCCUGAGAAAAAGACUGGAUGUGCUGCAGAGGUGCCACUCAUAGCUCACACUAAAACAGUUUUCCUGCCAGUUUGUGAUGAAGACCUCUGCAUCAUUUGAUGCUUUUGGAGUAAAAACUUGUGCCUGCUGCUAUGUAGACAUGUUUUAAAUCGUGCCAGUGGCUUUGAUGAGGCUCCUCUGUAUAUUAAAGGAACUGACAGACCUUCGUGUUCAGUGGAUAUGCAGAUAUACUCGUUCAGAUCUGUUUCUGGCUGCUAAACAAAGUCCUUCUUGUCGACUGUGGAGAGCCAAACAUCCUGAUUAGCCAGGCAGGCCUGCUGCCCAGUCCAGCCUCUCAACUAUGCAAGAGGAAUGCAUAUAAUCUCUUUAUUUUUCUGUUUUUAUAUUUGCUUUUUCAUUCUCUCACAGUCACAUAGAAACAGAAGAUGUAAACUGAGAAGUUGCAGUGACAAUGCCUGGCCUUAUGAUGAUGAUGAUUCGUGAGAUCUUGUAAUCAUUUUAGAUCUUUUGAAUUCUGGUCAGCCGGCCCAGCAGCGGUGACAGCGGGUCACACUUGGUCUCCGUGAGACCGGCUAGACGGGCCCCAAUGAUAUCGUGGUACGAAUGUUGUGCAUUUGUUUAAAAUCAGGACAGUUUGCAAUAACAGCAGUCUUACAAGUGGCCACAAAGGGGCACGAGGAGUGCUGACGGCGCCCGGCUGCGUCUUUAGAAAACCAUAGAGGAAGAAAUAGAAACUAUAUAAAAAGAUAAAUAUAGAUAUAUAUAUAAACACACACAAACUCACACAGUGCAUAUUUGUAAAGGUAUCAACAACGCAUCAUGGUGUUCUACUCUUAUGCAACACUUGUCUGGGUUCAGUUUAUGAACAUGAAGUUUAUUCUAAAACCACAGAGAGUUUGCAAACCAGACGCAAUGUUGUUGUGUUCUUUGUUUUUAUUUUUGCAGAAAUGGUUUUACCUUGCUCCUGAAAACUCCCACUUAAUGUUCCUGUGUGACUGUUUGCUGAUGUAAGCGCUUGGUUUGCCAGACUUCCCCCAAAACACAGCUGGAUAAACUUCACACACCAAAUAAACCUGAUUCUUCUGAAAUCUGCACACAGCUUCAGAGACAACAAGGAGCUCUAACAAAGCAUGUCCUUAACAGGAAAUCCUAUCUGAUAAUUGCAGCUUAUUUCAAAUCUUCCCAGCUGGGUUUUUGGGAGUAGUCUGCAGGAAAAGAUCUCUCUCCUUCUAAGAGGAUGGGAUUUUAUUGAGAAUGGUGUUGAUUCAUGUUCUUGUUGGAGAGAUAAGAGGGUGGACAGCAUCAGACACCUCCACUGAGAACUUCUGAACUGACCUGAAUGAACCGAAAUUGUAGGGUCAACCUGCCGACUGUCGAUUGGAAAUGAUGCUGAAUAAAUGCUUCUCUUCUUUUAGUCAGUGAAUAAAUACAUUAAAAAGUU